AUGAAACCUUACCAUAGCUACACCCUGAUGAAAGCCUACCAUAGCUACACCCUGAUGAAAGCCUACCAUAGCUACACCCUGAUGAAACCCUACCAUAGCUACACCCUGAUGAAACCCUACCAUAGCUACACCCUGAUGAAACCCUACCAUAGCUACACCCUGAUGAAACCCUACCAUAGCUACACCCUGAUGAAACCCUACCAUAGCUACACCCUGAUGAAACCUUACCAUAGCUACACCCUGAUGAAACCCUACCAUAGCUACACCCUGAUGAAAGCCUACCAUAGCUACACCCUGAUGAAACCCUACCAUAGCUACACCCUGAUGAAACCCUACCAUAGCUACACCCUGAUGAAACCCUACCAUAGCCACACCCUGAUGAAACCCUACCAUAGCUACACCCUGAUGAAACCUUACCAUAGCUACACCCUGAUGAAAGCCUACCAUAGCUACACCCUGAUGAAACCCUACCAUAGCUACACCCAUGAUGAAACCCUACCAUAG